AUGCCAUGGGGUAAUUAUUAUAUUGAUUCUACAGAAAAAGGAUUUCGUAAAAACCGUCGAGAAACCAGUCUUGGCGCAUUUGCAUAUUUAACAGAUGAAAUAAUUUUAGAGAUUUUUGGAUAUCUUAAUGUAAAAGAAUUAUUAACUUUAUGCUUUACAAGCCAAGUAUUAUAUUGUUUUGCAUCUUUUGAAGAAUUAUGGAAACAGCUUACAAUUCGAAGGUUUAAUGGUGAUUGGUGGUGGUACGGUACCUGGAAGUUAACAUACUUAAAGCGAUCAGAUCCUAAAUAUGAUGCAGAUUCGUUCAUCAAACCCGCAGUAAACAUAACACAUUUUUACAGUGAUGUACUCUUUCAACCAUUCCUGUAUAGUUCGACAGAAAUUGAUCAAUUCCUGGGAACAGAAACGAUCGAUCGUCGUUCAAAUUUAAGCAUGGAUGAAUUUAACUCAAACUAUGCAGCAAAAAAUAGACCAGUAAUUAUUACAGAUGUAGUAACGCAAUGGCCAGCAUUCCAAAAAUGGUCAAUGAAAUAUCUUGUAGAAAAAUAUGGUGAUGUUUCGUUUCGUGCAGAAGCUAUUGACAUAAAAUUAAAAAACUAUGUACAAUACAGUACGAACACAUUAGAUGAAAGCCCAUUAUAUCUGUUUGAUAAAAAAUUUGGUGAAAAAUGUAAUGGUAUUCUUGAAGAUUUUUUUGUGCCAGAAUAUUUUUGCCAAGACUUUUUUAAUAUUCUUGGACAGGACAGGCCAGAUUUUCGGUAUUAUCCGAAUUCAACUUCAGCAUGGAAUGCUGUUAUCAAAGGAUCCAAAAAAUGGAUAAUGUAUCCACCAGAUACUCUUCCUCCAGGUGUUUUCACUAGUGCAGAAGGGAUUUGUCGUGCAGGUGAAAUGAUUUUUGUUCCAAAUGGAUGGUGGCAUACGGUGAUCAACCUCGAAGAUUCUAUUGCUAUUACACAAAAUUUUAUUGGACUACAUAAUUUGUCAAAUGUACUUAAAUUUCUCCGCGAGAAACCCGAACAAAUUUCAGGAUUCUCAUCAGAUUCUUGGCCAUCUUGUAAAAUCAUUCACGAAACUUUCUGUAAAACACUUCAAAAAGUUUACCCUGGAUUGUUAGAGAAACUUGAACCAAAUAAUGAUUCAUAUAAAGAUAACAAGUCAUCCAUAUGGGAACAGAUCAAGAAAUCUGAUGAUGCAGAAAAAGGAUUUACGUUUAAUUUUUCUAAUGACGAAUAA